CCCCACCCAAAACUACCUCGGUCUCUGUCCUCGUACCCGUCUCUCCGUUUAGUAACGCUUCCUGGCACGACGAAUAGGCGAGAACCGCCGCGGAAGGUGGCCGCACUGAUAAGGCGUAGUAGUCGGGCAGCCCGAGAGAAGCCGGGUUCGUCCCCAGUGCCCCGUCGCAGGAUGGAGUUUGAGCUUCUAGAAAACGACGUGCUGGAGUCGCUGGAGGACUUGGGUUACAAAGGUCCAUUGUUAGAUGACAAAGCGCUGACUCAGGCAGUCUCCAGUGGAGCCAGUUCCCCUGAAUUCACCAAACUUUGCGCUUGGUUGGUAUCUGAGUUACGGCUGUUUUGUAAACUUGAGGAAAAUGUGCAGGCAACUAACAGUCCAAAUGAAGCAGAAGAAUUUCAACUUGAAAUGAGUGGGUUGCUGGCUGAAAUGAACUGUCCAUAUGCAUCACUGACAUCAGGAGAUGUAACAAAACGCCUUCACAAUCAAAAGAACUGUCUUUUGCUGCUUACAUACCUCAUCUCAGAACUGGAAGCUGCCAGAAUGCUGUGUGUGAACGCCCCUCCUAAAAAAGCACAGGAAGGAGGUGGCAGUGAAGUCUUUCAGGAGCUGAAAGGCAUAUGUAUUGCUUUAGGCAUGUCCAAGCCUCCAGCCAACAUAACGAUGUUCCAGUUCUUCAGUGGAAUUGAAAAAAAACUGAAGGAAACCCUAGCAAAAGUUCCACCUAACCAUGUUGGAAAACCUUUAUUGAAGAAACAACUGGGUCCAGCUCACUGGGAAAAAAUUGAAGCAAUUAAUCAAGCCAUAGUCAACGAAUAUGAAGUCCGAAGAAAACUCUUAGUCAAACGCUUGGAUGUUACUGUGCAGUCCUUUGGCUGGUCAGAUAGAGCUAAGAGUCAAACAGAAAAACUGGCUAAAGUCUACCAGCCAAAACGUGCCCUCUUAUCUACUAAGUGCACUGUUUCCAUUGCAAAUCUCUUGGCAGCUCGGCAGGAUCUAUCAAAGAUUCUGAGAACGAGCAGCGGAUCCAUCCGAGAGAAGACUGCAUGUGCCAUUAACAAGGUGCUCAUGGGGAGGGUGCCUGACAGAGGAGGAAGGCCCAAUGAAAUUGAACCACCACCUCCUGAGAUGCCACCGUGGCAGAAAAGACCAGAGGGUGGUUCACAACAAGGUGGUGGCAGAGGAGGAAGAGGUGGCUAUGAAUCCUGUUACGGAGGACGAGGAGGUUAUGACCAUGGGGGUCACGAACGAGGAGGAAGAGGAGGCUAUGACUCUCCGUAUGGAGGGCGAGGAGGUCACGAACAAGGAGGCCAUGAUCGAGGGGGACGAGGAGGACGUGGUGGUUAUGAUCAUGGUGGCAGAGGAGGUGGAAGAGGAAACAAGCUUCAAGGAGGUUGGACGUAUGGUGGUGGUGGCGGCUACCAGGAUGGCAGCUACAGGGAGAAUAACUACAGAGAUACAGGUUUUCAAACAAGUGGCUACCAAGGGGGUGGUGGUGGUGGCUACCAGCAAGACAACAGGUAUCAAGAUGGCGGGUCCCACAGUGACCGAGGGGGUGGGCGUGGAGGAGGGAGGGGUGGCCGUGGUGGUCGUGGUGGCCGUGGAGGUCAAGGAGGAGGCUGGGGGGGCAGAGGUGGACAGAACUUUAAUCAAGGUGGGCAGUUUGAGCAGCACUUCCAGCAUGGAGGUUAUCAGUAUAAUCAGUCUGGUUUUGGACAAGGAAGACACUUCACGAGUUGAGGCUGCUCAAAACUUUUGCUUCAGCAGAGCUCACGUAAUAGAAACCCAAUUUCAGAGGCCUGGUUUAAUCGCUGCUUGAAUCAGAAAAGGUUUGUAUGUGACAAAUAGAAUCUCUUUGGAUGGGAUGUUUUGCAUUGAGCAAAGGGCAACUCUCCACCCACCCCUAGCCUGUCUGAAUUAAAUGCAUCAUCACUACCCACAGCACCCUAAACAUCAACUAAUAGCCAUGGUUUUUAGGUGUUGGACUGGUUCCCUCUCCACAAAACACUUCUGUGUUCAGAAGCUACCUUCUGUGUUUGCCUUCUGCUCUGAUUUAGAGAAACACUAAGACCUGGCCAAAUUUUUCUAACACAAUCCACAAUAGAACUUGUGCAUUUCCCCCUCCCCCCAAAUCAACUGUUCAGUUACACGUUCUAAAGCCAGUUCCGAGUAUUGCUUUUUCGCUUGCUGACCUCUUGUUUCGGUCACAAAGAAGUUACAGGCACGUGUGGGCGCACACAGUGAACUUCCUCUGACAAGCAGGUUUUUGUGUAUUACGUGUGUUCUACUGUGGAUGCCAUGUUCAGUAGCCUUACCUCCUGCUAAACGAAGUUUUCCCACCUGCUCAGCAGUGGAGACUGACUGCCGCCAAAAUCUGCAAAGGUCAUUUAAAACUAAGCUAACUUGUGACCUGAUAGUGUGUGUAGGCCUGUGGUUAGGUGUAGCAACGGAAACUGACCUGCGUCCAUCCAAAACAAAUCGCUCCUUCUCCAAACCUAAUUUUGACUUGAAGUCAGCUAGAAGAAAUGGUAAACUGAAAUCUGUUUGAUUUGCAAGUUAGUACCACUGACUCAGCAAACCUAGGGCAGUUUGUUUUGGGAGUUGUCUUUCUGAAGAAAUGCACUACGGCCUGGGAAGGUUAGUUCCUGCCUGGAGGAAGCCCUUUUAUUAUUGCUGCAGAAAACAAAGCCUGGCUGAGUUUGAUGUUCUAAUGUCGUUUUGUUUUGUUUUCUUUACUGAAAGCCACAUAAUGCUUCUUGCUGGGUUUUUUGUGUACAUAAACAUUGUCAAGCUGUGAAAGAAAAUGGCUGAAGGUGUGCUGUUGUAUAAAAGGUGAGCAAUAAAGUAUCUGU